AUGAGCUCAGCAGAAUUAGACAUUGUUGCUUCUGGAGAUCAAAAGAUUAUCACAAUGGAGAGGGAUGAAGAAUCUAUGUCUCCUGAAUCUUCACUAUCUGCAACUCAUGCUUCACCCACAUCAUCACAGAAAGCAUCCAGCAGAACGCCAACUUCAUGGGAUGCCGAAGAUGAUGUCCUACUAAUGCACUUGAAGGACCGUCAGAAACUAGGCUGGAAAGCCAUUGCAAGUCACUUUACCAACAGAACUCCAAAUGCCUGCCAAUUUCGAUGGAGGAGAUUAAAGUCAGGAAAUUUAAAAAAUCCACCAAAGUCGGCAGCCGCAUUGGGGGAUCAAUUUAAACAGAACCCAACGAUGUCGAGUUCGGCGUUAAAGAAAAAGACUCAGCCGACUGCACGAACUAAGACCGAAACAACGGACACGGAAUUCGCUUAUGAAGCAACUCCAACAGGCGGAUUUCAAGGCUUUGAUAACAGCAUUUCUUCUGCAUUGGCUGGACUUAAUGCAUUGUCAAACUCACCUUCUUACAUAUCGAGUCCUGCUGCAGCAACCACUCCCAAACUACUGGCAGCUUCUCCUGGCGCUUAUGUCUCAGGACGAGCAAAUCUGAUUACCAGUCUCAAUCACAAGUACGAGGGAUCUCCGGAAUCUGAAAAUCCUUUGGAGACACUGAGCCGAACUGGAAUCGUGAUCCCUGGAACAAAUGGAUCUGGUGGGUACUAUGCAGAUGUAUCGGUUGACCCCACAAUGAACUUGCCUCACAAUAGGACACACCCCGAAACACCAUCUUCACUCACUCCACGAAAUUCGACGUCUAAUGCAAGUGCGCGCAACAGAGACAGUACAAGUUUGCAUCCGCGCGAUCACAACUCUGGCUCCAUUUCAGUGGCUGCUGCUGCUUUACGCAAUAAUUCAAUUAUUCAAUUCACAAAUGACGAAAGAGCAUCAAUCCUGUCUAUAGCGAGGGCAUCAAUAUCUUCAUUACCCUCAAAGUCAAUGAAUAUUCCUCACCACCAACUGGGGGCUACUUCUUUGGCUCAUCUACCUGUUCUCUUUGGCGGUGCGGGAAGUAUAAGUGGACCUUCGAGAAAUUCGAGUGUAAGUGGCGCAGCAGGUGUUCAUCAGACAACAGUUUCAAGUUUGAGAAAUGGGUCCUUGGCCGGCCCGAGCCUGGGGUAUUACUCUAGAUCAGGGUCUGUCGUGAUACCCCACAAUACUGAUAAGUUGGACGAGCCUUUAAAAAUUGAUAAGGAGAAGAUCGAGUCUAGUAACAAGAAGUUGCAGAAGAUGAAAAAAAGCUUGCCAUCAUCAAGCCAUGCCAAAAAGAAGCAAAAAAAUACCAAAUUGGACCUCCCGUGGACGAUGGAGGAAGAUGAGCUUUUGAUCAAUAGGCGUAAUAGAGAAUUGUCUUUUGCCGAAUUGUCUAUCCUACUACCCCAGAGGACUGAAGGAGAAAUUUGGGCACGUAUAGAUUAUUUGGAAAAAUUGAGGAACGGAAAUGAUACAUCUUCAAGUGGGAGAGACCGAAGGGGAAAUAGACAAUCAUCUAUAGGAUUAGAUGAUGUUCAUGAUUUGUACGAUGAUGACGACGAUGACGUGAUAGGGGGUAUUGGUAUCGGUGUUAGCGAUGAUGAUGAUGAUAAUCCAUUGAUUGAUGACGAUGAUGACAACAACCUUGGAGAGGUGAGAGGAACUAAACGAAGAGCUAGCUCUGCAAUCAACCCAUUAGUUAGACGUCCUAUUCGAAGAUAG